AUGGAUUACGUAGAACUGUCGGUGGGCAAGCUGGACCUCGAUGCGGUACUGGCCAAGGUCGGAUCACCGGACUGCGGUGCUAUUUCAAUUUUCCUCGGCACGACGCGCAACCAUUUCGAGGGAAAGCGAGUGUGCAAGUUGAGCUACGAGGCGUACAAUCCCAUGGCGAAACGUGAGAUGCUACGAAUCUGUGACGCGGUGCGGCGACAGUGGCACGUCAAGAACGUCGCCCUAGUUCACCGGCUGGGCGACGUCCCCGUUGGCGAGGCGAGCGUUGUUAUCGCCAUCUCGUCCGAGCAUCGCCAGGAGGCUCAGGAGGCAGUGAAAUAUGCUAUCAACGAGGUCAAACGGCGAGUGCCUGUGUGGAAAAAGGAGCACUACGACGACGGUGACCACGACUGGAAGGAGAACAAGGAAUGUUUCUGGAUUGCGCGCCAUUGAAACUGGCUACUACGAAGCGUUAUCUAUAGGGGGGUGGGGAGGAUUGCUGCAAAUGCUAGGCAGCAAACUCUUCGUUGUUGGCGAGUCGUUGAAUUGUGUUUGCCCCGUUUUAUAUACAUAUGUAUUUACAUGUUUCUUUCUCGUCGUUUCGAAGAAUGUAUUGGCUCUGUGAGCUUUAGCAUGUUUUGGCUGCUUCUAAUGAUGUUGACAAUAAAUUUUAUAUAUAUGA